AUGUCCGCGACGCGCCUCCGGCGCCAGACGCGGCCGACGCCGUCGCUCCGCGACUUCGCGCUCGCCUUCGACGAGAUCAAGGGCAUCGUCAACGCCGGGCCCGUCAAGUCGCUCGCCUUCAAGCGCCUCGCCGUCCUCGAGCAGCGCUUCAACCUCCACGUGCUCCUCAACGGCUGGCGCGAGCUCAGCUCCCAGAAGUCCGUGCCCCACCGCGACUUCUACAACGUCCGCAAGGUCGACACGCACGUGCACCACGGUGUCCACCACAGCGCGUGCAUGAACCAGAAGCACUUGUUGCGCUUCAUCAAGAGCAAGCUGCGCAAGCACGGCAACGAGAUCGUCACGAACCGCGACGGCCACCUCCUCACGCUCGCGGACGUCUUCAAGUCGCUCAAGCUCACGGCCUACGACCUCUCCAUCGACACGCUGGACAUGCACGCGCACGACACGUUCCACCGCUUCGACCGCUUCAACCUCAAGUACAACCCCGCGGGCCAGAGCCGGCUCCGGGAGAUCUUCCUCAAGACGGACAACCACGUCCGCGGCCGCUACCUCGCGGAGCUCACGAAGGAGGUCAUCAACGAUUUGGAGGCGUCCAAGUACCAGCUCGCCGAGUGGCGCGUGUCCGUCUACGGCCGCAAGCGCAGCGAGUGGGCCAAGCUCGCGGACUGGUUCUACGACAACCGCCUCUCGAGCCCGAACGUGCGCUGGAUGAUCCAGGUGCCGCGGCUCUACGCGGUCUACCGCGCGUCGGGCCUCGUCGAAACGUUCGACGAGGUGCUGGCGAACAUCUUCGCGCCGCUCUUCGAGAACACGCUGGACCCGUCGUCGAACCCGAAGCUCCACGCCUUCCUCGAGGCCAUCGUCGGCUUCGACUCCGUCGACGACGAGUCGAAGCCCGACGGCAUGCCCCUCGACCCGAACCGCCUCGUGGCGCCCGGGGACUGGAACUCGACGGACGAGCCGGCCUACGGGUACUGGAUGUACCACCUCUACGCGAACCUGCGGAGCCUGAACGGCCUGCGGCGCGCGCGGGGGCUGUCGACCUUCGAGUUCCGGCCGCACUGCGGCGAGGCCGGCGACGUCGACCACCUCGUCGCCGCGUUCCUGCUGACGACGAAGAUCAACCACGGCGUCCAGCUCCGCCGGUCGCCGGCGCUCCAGUACCUCUACUACCUCGCCCAGCUCGGCGUCGCCAUGUCGCCCCUGUCGAACAACCGGCUCUUCCUCGACUUUGCGAAGUCGCCGUUCCCAAAGUACUUCAAGCGCGGCCUCAACAUCAGCCUCUCGACCGACGACCCGCUCAUGCUCCACUUCACCAAGGACCCGCUGGUCGAGGAGUACUCCGUCGCGGCCCAGGUCUGGAAGCUGUCGUCGACGGACAUCUGCGAGAUCGCGCGGACGUCCGUGCUCCAGUCCGGCGUCGAGGACCGCUUCAAGCGCCACUUCCUCGGCGACCACUACGACGCGCCGGGCGCCGCGGGCAACGACAUCCGCAUGACCAACGUGCCCGACAUCCGCGUCAUGUACCGCCACGAGACGCUCACGAACGAGCUCGCCUACGUCGCCAAGCUCUCGAGCCGCGCGGUCCCGCCCCCGCCGAAGUAG